GGUGUGACCCGGUAAUUGAUAUCGUUUUCUAAAGAUAACUUUUAGAAAGCGAUAUCAAGCUAAGAGCUACUAUAAAAAGAUUUAUAUAUUUUUUAAUUGGGAAACAAUAGUUUAAAUUCAGAAAAGUAUUUUCGGGAUUGCAAUAUUACUAUAUAGAACGUAUAACUAUAGUAAUUUAUAGUACCUGAAAAAGGAACUUGUAUGAUUUUUGACUAAUUACAAAUGACUAAUUACCUCCUUCUUUUCGAAGUCGGUUAAAAAUAAAAUAAAAAGAAAAUCACAAAAUAUGGAAUUUAGAAAGAACGAAGUUGUUUGGUACGCAAUGGUAGAAAGAAAUCAACCCUGGCGAAGAUAUUUCAAGCAGAAACGUUGUACAUUGGAAAGGCCAUGACUUUAUCCAUAACUCUGGUCAGACACCAGAUCUCGCUCUUGUCCACAGAACACAUAAUUUCUGCUUUUCAUUUGAUAGAAAUUCACUACGUUGACUAACAAAUAUUUUUCUUAUAACAAUUUUCGAGAGGAAUUCAUUAUUGAAUGAAAGUAAAAAUUUGCAUAAAUGGAGGGUGGAUGGGAUGAGGUAGGGUGGGUCUCCAAACCACAGCAACCUCCUCGUGGAACUAUGCCUUUCAGAUUCUGAAGUGUAUCACAUUGCAACUACAAUUUUACGGAACGAAAAUUAAUAAUAAUGAAUGCAUGGUAUACCUUUGCCCAGGAUUGGUGAACAAUUUUUCGCGUUAUCGUCCGGAUGUCUAUACAGGAAAAAUUCAAUGCGGUUGAUAAACGAGCUGUGCUAUGGUUUAUAUGUUCAAGAAUAUCCAAACACAUCUAUCCGAAGAGCAGGAUUAAAAAUCUCCUGUCUACUCACAGAUUCAACAAGACUCAACGUGCCUUUGUUCUCGAGGAGUUAUGAUUUUGAGUCCCAGACGCUUCCAAGCACAGUUAGAUCUGCAUGUACAAAACACAAUCAGUAUGACAAUCGUGCCUGUUUUACCAAUUCGUCUUUUACCCCACCUUGCACAGCCUAUUGAAGAGACAUAAUUUUUACUCCCCCUGACCCUAUUUUUUAUAAAUUAAUUAAAAUUAGU